CCCGUCGCUAGGCGACCCCGAGCGGCGGCUGCUGCAGGGGCCGUUGGGCGGCGGGGCCCCUUCGCUGGGCCCGGCCAUGGCCACCUUUCGAAACACGGACCCCGCGCUCAGGAGCUACUUCAAGAAAUACUCCAUCCCCGACGUCUACGAGGCUCUAUUGAGUGGCUUAUUAAUUAUGUGCCCAAAUGACCCACUCAAGUUUUUGGAAGAAAAGAUCAAAGAAAUAAUGGAAAAUGGGCUACCUAGUAUUUUAUGGAACAUGUGCAUCGAUCCUGCCUUAAGCCUAAGGUUAAAAGUAAUUUCAGACACAUAUUUGCACACCCUUUUGGGACUCGAUGAUGAUCAGCUGAUGACUCCAGAGUUAUAUGACAAAGCAUGGAACUUUUAUAGCGCUAACUUAAAGAGGAAGUGCUUUGAAGCCUGGACAAAGUAUUGCAUUAUGAGGAAAAAUGCUCAAGAGAUCCUAGAGAGGAAAUUCGCUGCUGCAAGACGCUUUUACAGAGACCAGGUAGUAAGGCGGAUCCUAAGGAAGUGGAAGGGCUGGCUGCAGUUCCGUAAAGGGCAGCACAAACGGGCAGCAGCAAGGAUAGGAAAAGUCUUUGAAUUAACUUUACAGAAGAUUACCUUAAAGGCAUGGCGAAAAGAGACUCGCUACAAUAGAAGAGCUAAAAAGUGUAUUGCGCAUCUACAAAAAGUAGAGAUUGAGGAAACUGAUAACGAAGUUGAAGUUCAUCAUGCUGAAGUGCAUGAAAGACAUCUGCCUGAAAGACGUCCAACUGAAAGGAUUGUGCCUCUAGACCAUAACCUGCCAGCAAAAUUAACAGGUUUGGGAAAAUUGCCACAGAGAGCAUUAGUCCAGAUCUUUCAUAAUUUAAACUUAAUUGACUUGGGAAGAUGUGCUCAAGUUUGUCGAUCAUGGAAUGCAAUGAUACAUGUUUGCUCAGUGUGGAGUACUAUUAAUUUCUCUGAAGUAAAGGACAAAAUGAGGGACAAUGUAGGAGGAGAUAUUCUCAUGAAGUGGCGUGCUUCUGUGGUACAUUUGAAUCUUCGUGGUUGUGCCACACUGCAAUGGCUUACUUUUAAAAGUAUUGGCCAGUGCAGGAAUUUGCAAGAGUUAAAUGUCUCUGAAUGUCAAGGAUUAAAUGAUGAAUUAAUGAGGCUUGUAUCAGAAGGCUGCCCAGCUCUGCUUCGUUUAAAUUUAUCUCACACUGAUAUCACAAAUGGGACAUUAAGACUUCUGUCAAGGAGCUUCUCAAACUUACAAUAUUUAAGUUUAGCUUACUGCAGAAAAUUCACAGACAAAGGUUUACAAUACCUUGGCUCUGGAAGAGGAUGUCACAAACUCAUCUAUUUGGAUCUUUCAGGCUGCCUCCAGAAAAAUUUAGGCUGUCCCCAAGAAGAAACUUGUCAGAGCAGUUGUAGUUGGCUGGAGAAAUUUAAAACUGUAUCCGCAGCCCGUGCCCAGCCAGAGAUUGAACAUGGGGGCUUCGCCAUGCAAAGAAAGAACGCUAGUUCUUCUUCUGGUGCUGCUCCUUGCUUUACACAAAUCAGUGAUGCGGGGUUAAAAUCAUUUAUUGAAGGUUUUGCUGGCUCAAAUCUACGAGAACUGACCUUGGCAAACUGUUCCAAUGUCACUAACAGCUCUCUCAUCAAUAUAGCUCAAAGGUGUACAAGUUUGAUGUAUUUGAACAUGCGCUCUUGUCAAGCUGUGACUGACUCUGGAAUUGAGGUUUUAGCAACGUUGCCUUCAUUGACUCAUAUUAAUAUAUCUGGAAUUGAUGUCAGUGACCAGACUUUGGAAGCUCUUGGCAGAAAUGGCAAAAUUAAGGAGAUUACCAUAUCGGAAUGUAAGUCGAUUUCUGAUGGAGGAAUAAAGAAAUUCUCUGUGGAUGUAAAAAAUCUAGAUUGCAUGGAUUUCUCUUUUUGCCAGCAGUUGUCUAAUCAUUCAAUAAAACAUUUGGUAUUCAACUGCCACAAACUUACCUCCCUCACUAUGGUCGGUUGCCCCAGGGUAACUGAUGUAGGCGUGCAAUAUUUGGCAGCAGCCUGCACUUACCUUCACUACUUGGAUAUCUCAGGCUGCAUACAGAUUACUGACAAAGCACUGAAGUCCCUCUGGAAAGGCUGCUUGCAGCUCCGAAUUCUUAAAAUGCUGUAUUGCCCACUUAUUACCAGGCAAGCAGUUUCCAAAUAUACUUCAAGGCUCCAGAAAUAUGAAUAUAAUAAUGACAGCCCUCCUCAGUGGUUUGGUUAUGAUACUGGCAGUCAGAUAUACAUUCCAAAAAAACAGAAAAAAAGCCAACACGGGAGAAAAAUCUCGACAUUAGAUCAGAAGGUGAAACACAACUUACAGAACGUAAGGAAUGAACACUAAAAG